AGUAUGACUCGAUAUUCCGUUUACUGUUUUAGUUUCGCGUAUAUCCGUGGUAUCGAAUUCCUUCUAAUCAACACGAUCAACAACGAUCAAGAUCACCCUCGAAGCUUAUCUCCUUUUUUCUCUAGUACGAACAAAGAAGCUUGACUUUUACGACUUCAAAAUUUCAUGUCCUUGCAAUUCUCAACUAUUGAACCACUCGUUUUGCAUCUCACUCGAACCGGCUUUUAUCUCGCAGUUCUCAUUCUCAAGCCAGGAUAGGAUAAAAUCAGAUAAAAAUCAAUGAACUAUGAACUCUGACAGUAAAGUCGGCUGACAAGGAAACAGUUCAUUGUACUUAUAUACAAAAGUGUAAGAAUUUGUUAUAUUUGUAAUUAUUAUUAACAGAAUGAACGAAGAAAAUAUUGUAAAGAACUAUGUGCUGUCUCAAUACACUAUGGAUAAAUUAGAUAGAAUUAGAGAAGCACUAAAAGAAGAUAUCAGUAAUGUUGAUCCUUCAUGGUCAAUUAUAUCCAAGAAGAAAGAAGAAGAAGAAACUAUUGAAGAUGAUUCAUUGAACGACAGCAAUAAAGAUUGUAAUAAUGAUGUGAUGGAUGAGUCAGACCAGUUUACUUCCACUCAGUUUUAUUUCACGCAAACUGAAAAACAUUUCAGUAAAUGUAUCAAACAGGAAGAUGUACGUGUAUCGAAUUCAGAUAUCACAGAGUGCUUGCUUGAAGGAUUAGAAUGCUCGAAUGGGAAAUUGGAUUUAAAUCAGUUAGAAAAUUUGACAGAAGUAGAAGUCGUGGAAAUAGUAUGUGGCUUAGAGAAACGACUGAGCAUUCAGGGGACUUAUAAUUUAUGUUGCUCCUUGAAUAACAUAGCCUUAGGUCAGAGGAUCAAAUAUGCAUCGACGUUUUAUAGCCAUUUGUUACUACCAAAGAUUAUUGGUUUGGAAGAACCUUCCAGAUUACUUUCAUCUAUUUUAGCGGAGUCUGCACAGAAGUGUCCGGAAGAUAUACAAAACUUUAUUUUUGUUCCCCUUAUAAACGUUGAUUUAAAAGACACGACAGUUGUCGAUGCUAUAAUAAAUGCUUUGGAACCUCAGAGACAUACUAUUCUCAUUAGGGAAUAUUUAUCAAAUGUAAAGGAGCUUAAAUUAUGGCAUCUUCCUAUUUUACAUACUUUAAUUACAGCUAAAACCGAUAUUUCUACGAACGACAAACUUGUACAGUUGUUAUCUGGGAAGGCGAUUGAAUAUGCGAAAGAUAAAAAUUUCGCAAAAAUCGUGCUAUCGUUCGUAAAGAAGAACAACGAGUUUUCUAAUGAAAAGAAACAUAUGUUGUGGGAAAUAAGUAAUGUCAAUGAAACGUGUUUUAAAAAACCUAUACAGAAUGUGUUAAAAAAUAUAUAAAUUUAAUCAUU